AUGAAAAUGCAUUAUUAUCCUUUGGCUUCUCUUACAACUGAUGAUUAUUUGAAACAGUUUAAAUACACAGUUUUUGAAGAUUUCGUCAUAAGAACCUUUGUGGAUGAAAAUGUCAAAUAUUCAGUUGUAGUUGAAUAUUUUUCCGUUGACAGAAAUUCUCAACAAUUAAGUUGGCUUAAACAUGGUGAAACCAAAAUUUCAUUGCCAUAUGAACGAUUUAAUUUUAAUUUUGUUGUUAUUUCAUUGUUUACUACAAGUGACAUUGAAUUUGCAAUUGAUUCAAAUAAGACUUAUUUCCAAUUACAUCAAAUUGGGAAUGAAGCAGAAUAUUGGGAAAUUCAAUUGGAAAAUUCUGAACUAUCACCCAAAAAAUCAUUUUAUGGCAAUAUUAUAUUUGUAUACCAUGACAUUUCAACAAAUCAUUCUGACAUUUUUGAUUCAUUUGAGGCAAAUUACAACACUUACAUAGUUUUAUGGCAACCAAAAUUAUCUUGUAAUGACAAGUACAUACUAGAAUUGUCAACAAAACAUGUCUAUGGUUUCACACUACCACACAAUCAUUAUGAUGACUUGUAUAAGUCAUUAAGUGUAAUUUAUAGCCCAUUGUUCAAUGAUUACAUUAAAGCAUGUUUAUUUGAAAGUCCUGAUAAAUCAGAAUCUACUUUUUUACCAACAAUUCCCGAGUGUUAUCUGAGAAUCAUGACCUGUUUGUCGUUUUCUGAUGAAAUAACCAAUGAAGAAAUUGUUUGGCUAGGUACUUCUCAAAAUCAAGUUAUAUGUUUCAAAAAUAAUAAUAAUCAGCAAUACAUAAGUCCAAAAUGGUGUGUGGAUGUCAUCAGUGUGCCUAAAAAGAUAACUGAAGUCAAGAUAAAUGUAUCGACUAUAAAUACAGAUUUCAUUGCAUUAAUUAUCCAAUUGGAAAAUUAUAAUCUAAUAAUUAUGAAUUCUGAAAAUGGGAUGAUCUUGCAUGAAUUUUUUGGUGAUCAAACUUUGAUUAUUGGUGAAUUCUCCAAGAUUGGAUAUAAUGAUCUCUUGCUUGUUCCUCAGACAUCUUCUAAUCACUCGUUGUCUUGGAAAAUAAUUGAUAUACAGGAUCAUGACUCACAGACUGACUUUUCAAAAAUUUUAACAAAUGAGGUAAAUAUUUCUCAUUUAAGAGCACUUCUUGAGUCUUUGAUUACCAGAGAUUAUGAUGGAAAUUCACGAAAUAGGAAAAGUGAGGAAUUGAUCGAUAAAAAAUAUAAAAUAUUGGAGAACAGUGACUUAAUGAUCCAUGAAUUUAAUGAUUUGUUUCUUCCUCAUUGUAAUCAACCUUCCAAAAAUAAAAAAUAUCCCAGGAAAUUUAUUUCUGGGUUGAUUCCACUCAUACAAAAAACACCAAUAAACCAAGAAGAUGCCAAAGAAGAUUUUAUUGGUCAAAGUGAAGAGAAUUUGCUUGAGAUUAAGGAAGCAAAAUUAUGCUUUGGUAGCACGAAAAAUAAUGACAAAGUUUUGUUGAAAAUUGUUAUAGAAAAUAAAAAUAUGAAAAGCAUCUUUUCUAUACAUAUAUAUGUUUAUCUUAAAAAUCAACUAGGACAUUCAGUCUCCUCAAUUAAAUCAUGUUCAAGUUUAAUCCAUAAACUUCACCCAGGACAUCAAGGGAAUUUGAUUUCAUUAAUAGAUCUACCAAUUGAUUUUAUCACAAGCAGUUCAGAGAUUGGUGCGCACGUUUGCUAUCAAUUGGAAGACAAUAAUGUAGAAAAUUUAUUGUGCGUAGAAAAAAUUGUAACUAGUGAUAAAUUUAAUGAGGAUGAAAUUUUAAAUUUUCUUCCGUCCUUUUCUUAUUUAACACUUACAUCAACAUCCUCAUCAAUAUUUCAAUGGAAUGAUUCUUUAUUGCAAUUUUUAUUUGAACAAUAUUUAAAUGAUAAAAAAUCACAAGAAUUUCAAUCAAAAGACUUGGAUUGUUCAAUAAAAUUAAUCAAUUCAUUUGACAAUAAUGAUAUAAUCUUUGAUGAUCAUGGAUUUGAAAAUUCAUCACAAAUUCCAAUAUUAAGUUUAGAGUUUUUGGAGAGCUGGGUUAUAUUUUGUGAGUUAUAUGCCAUUGUGUCAGAAAAAACACCUGCAUCUCUUAAUGUCUUUAUGAUGAGAUUAAGAAUUGAAACUCUUUUUCAUUUAAUUCUUGUGUUUUUGAAAUGUUUAAUGAAAACAAUGCAAAUAGAAGUAUUAGAUGUGGAUUUUUUUAAUGAAGAGACUGAAGUGAUGAUUAUGCCCAUAGAAGUAGCUCAUGAAUUAAUUGUGUCAUUAGCAAUCAUUGAGAAAACUAUUGAUCGAACUUUGGCCGUUAGAGACAAACAUACACUACCUUUGUACAAUGAUGAUGAUGAUGAAAUUUUUGAUAAUCUCCUUAGUGAUAAUAAUAAUGAGUUUUGA